AUGUCUGCGCAGGACAGUUUUGAGCCUCUUGAAGAACCUCAAGCCACUGGUCAUCGUUGGUUAGUCCCUAUGGAUUUCUCUGUACAAGCGAAUGCCGCGCUUGACUGGGUCUUCGCCGUGAUGAAACCGAACGAUCACUUGCUGAUCUUGAAUGUUCUUAAUUUGAAAGCUCCCACAUAUGCUCAUGAUAUGGUAAUAAAUGAACAGCUGACGAAAGAGUCACAGGAGAAACUGAAGGAAAUGAAGCAGAGAGCUCUGGAGAAGGGAUUCCAGUUCGUAAAUACUAUCAGCACGCGCGGUGAGCCCGCUAAGAAGGUGUGCUCCUACGCUGUGGAGGAUAAGAUCGAUACGAUUGUGAUGGGAAGAAGAGGAAUGAGCAAUCUGAAGCGUAUGCUGAACGGAAGCGUGAGUGAAUACGUGAUUGCCAACGCUCCCUGUGCUGUGUGUGUGAUGGGCCGUAGCGUGGAGGAGAAGAAGCGUAAGGAGGACUUGGAGAAGAAGGACCGCGAGAUCGCGGAGCUGACGGCGAGUGCGAGUGAGAACGAGGGCGAGGGUGCGAAGGUUCCUUUCUUCCUUCCCCGAAAGCACAGCGUGAAGAACUACUACACCGAUUCGGAUUCUCGUGUUUGUUCCAGCACACAGGAAAUGAAUAGGAGGAAGCAAACGGGAAAUGCAUUUGAGUACACAAACAGAAGGAAAAGAAAAAGCACUUAUCCAGUCACACAUUUAUUCAUUUAUUCAUUCAUUCACUCACUCAUUCACUCUCUCUCCUUCUCUUUAUACAUAGGAGAAAUUGCUUCCGGGAAGCGUGGUGGGGAAGCUGAAAUCCGACGAAAGGAUCUGACGACCCGACCGCGACGGCCCCAGCGAGCGGCGUUCCUGCGACUCAGCCCCUCGUCCAUCCCUCACCGAAGGCGGGUGUUUGACCCAGUCGAACGCCAGAACCUCCUCCAUCGACGGCCGUUGCGCCGGAUUCUUCGCGAGCAUGUUCUUGACGAGGAGCAGCGCGUCCGCGGAGAGGUCCGCCCAGUCCUCCGCGAUGUACUGCACCGGACAAUUCACCGUGUGCUCCAUCAGCUCGGCCUCCGAAGUGCCCUGAAAGGGCGGGUAGCCCAUAAGCAGGAAGAACAGCGUGACACCCAGCGAGAACACAUCCGCCUUCGCGGAGUACUCGCAGUUCUACGAUCGAUCCACGCUCCCAGACCCCACAGUAAUGACCUCCGGCGCCAUGUACCCCGCCGUGCCCACGAUCUCGCUACCCAUCAAAACCGGAUCCCGCCGCCCACUUGGUGUCCUUGUUGA